AUGGGAGGUGUCGUUGAUAAUCUUCCAGUUGUUGAAGGAAACCAGGAUGAACAUGGAGGAAUCGGUUCUGGUGCAGAGCUUGGUGCUCACUUCACUGUCUCUCAAACAUCUAAAACUGCAACACAAUUGACUCAAAUGGAGAAUAGUAUGGAUAUCAAGCUCGAGAAUUUCGAUAUUGCUGCUCAAGGAAAACUCCUUUUUGAUAAGGCUAACUUGACAAUUGUCUAUGGACGGAGAUACGGAUUAGUUGGACCUAAUGGAAUGAGAAAGACAACUCUAUUGAAACACAUUGGUGCUCGUAUAUUAUUAUAUUCUUCAGAUGAUAGCCUUCAUUGA